GCUACAUAGCUACCAUUCCAAACAGGCGAUAAUCUCCUUUUUGCGUUUUGAUAAUAGAACUAAAAAAAUCUCCUUUUACCAAAAAAAAAAUAUAUCAAAUAAAAAAAAAUUUCACAAGACAACAACGAGAAAACUUAUAGAACUGUUGUUACAUUAGUAAAGAGGAAUAUGAUUAGAUUUGGUUAGUUAAUUAUUGCUUCUGAUUUAUUUUAAAAUUAAUUUUCAGCUUUUCUUUAUUUCUUUUGAGAUAGGGUUUUAUAAAGUUUGGUUUUGUUUUCAGUUUCCUCUAUAAAUAUUAAACAGACGUGUGAGAUUCUUCCAAGUAACAUAAGCCUAAGAAAGCGUUUCGGAAGAGAUAUGGAGAAUCAUGAGCAGACGAGUUUCAGGUUUGAGAUAGAUAACUUCUCAGAGAAGAGAGAUGUGAUAUCUCCUAAUUUCAUAAGCGGGGGAUGCGAAUGGUUUGUUAGGGUUUGGCAAAUUGAAGAUCACUUGGCUGUGAGUCUGAGCGUUCCGAAUCUUGAAUCCUUACUACAUGGAUGCGAAAGGAGAGCUAAGUAUUCAUUCAUUGUGUUGAAUCAAUCGGGCAAAGUGCUCGGAAGAACAUUUGAAGCAGAAGGUCUCUUCUGUUUUGAGUUAUUAGAUUGGUGUCAUCCCAAAGUAAUGCCUAUGACCAAGCUUCAAGAAGAUUGUUUAGAAAAUAACAAACUGAUCAUUGAAGUCCAAUUAAAAGUAGUUGAAGUUGUUCAUGAAGGAGGGGUAACAACUGAGAAGAAGAUGUUCAAUAUUGAGGGUUUCGAUGUUCUCUAUACUCAGGUCUCUUGGGUUAGCUGGAUUUUCGGGGAGCAUCCAGACAUUGCAGUAGAUGUCAGAAUAAAGAACCAGUUGUUGAGGACAGCAUACAUGAAUGUUCUCCUCGGUCUUAUAGAGACGCUAGAUAGGCCUCCACGGAGUCUUUCAGAGACUGAGCUUAGAGACGCUCACAUCGAGUUGAGCGAGCUAACAGAAGCAGGAUUCAAGGUGGAUUGGUUAAAGACAAAGCUUGAGGAGGUUUCCUUGGUGAGGAAGGAUGAAAUUUCUGAUAGUUCUCAGGUCCAAGAACUCGAGGAACAUGUUAAGAAUCUCAAACUUGAACUGGACAAUGAGAAGACCAAAUCUUCUAUUGCUUCUGAUAGAGUUUUGUUGUUGGAGAAAGAGGUGUCAGAUCUCAAAAUUGAACUGGAAAGGAGAGAUCAGCCAAAUCUCCUAUAUCUAAAGUUGCGUUAUUGAAGGAUGCUGCAGAUUCCUUUUGGAAUACUACGAAUCUAGGAAUACGGCAGAUGAGAGCCGGUUACCAAAAAGUAGACUCAAAGAGAUUUCU